UCAGGCACAAGCUUGCUGCAGGAGGUGGUCUACCUGGUGAGCCAGGGCGCGGACCCUGACGAGAUCGGCCUGAUGAACAUCGACGAGCAGCUCCCGGUCCUGGAGUACCCGCAGCCCGGCCUGGACAUCAUCAAGGAACUGACGUCACCCCGCCUCAUCAAAAGCCACCUCCCCUACCGCUUCCUGCCCUCCGACCUCCACAACGGCGACUCCAAGGUAAUGCCCUGCCCUUCCCGCUGGCCUGUGCCCUCACGGCCCCCGAGGCCCCGGGAAGUGAGACCCUGGUGCCAGCGUCCACCCUGGCAGAGCCAGUGUCUCUAGCGUUCCAUUCACAUU